AUGGUCUAUAUCAAUAACAAACACGAAUUCAUCACAAAAGUAUCGCAAUUAUAUUCUGAAACAAAGGAUAAACAUUCGAUAUGGAUGACUUUUAAAAAAUAUACUCCGAAAGAACAAAAACCAAAAUCCGAAAAACAACAACAUUUCAAUAGUACAAAGAAAUCAUCAUCGAGUGGUGGUAUUAAAAAGAAACAGCCUCAACAUGAAGGAUGUUUGAUUCGUGUAACCAAUGGUAAAGACAAGAAAUAUUCAACCAUUGUAUUAUAUAAGGAUUUGGCAACAUUUCAAAGUCAUUUAUUCAAUAUUUUGAGAGAUCAUUUGAGUGCAUCAUUGAAACAGCCUUCUUCAUCGACCACAACCAGCAGUACUGGCACUGCUACUAAUACUACUACUGCCACAACAAGUGCUACUAAUACUACUACUGCCACAGCUACGACCGAUAAGAAAAAGAAGAAAAAGAAGGCUGAUCUUUAA